AUGGCACGUAUAAGUGAAAACCAGAAAAACGUCAUGGCAGAUUUUUUUAUUCUCAACCGUAAACUUAUUGAAAAUAAGUUCAGUGAUUCGUUCACAUUUGAACACGGUGAAAGGUUGUGGAAUGAAUUAGCUGAACUUUUGAAUGCUAGUGGAAAAGCUCAAAAAGAUGUCAAAAAGUGGAAAAAAACUUGGGAUGACCUUAAGAGGACUAUAAAAGACAAAGCUGCCAUAGUAAAACGAGAAUCUCUGAAAACUGGAAGUCAACCAUCAACUAUAAUUCUUUCACCACUUGAAAGCAAAAUCGCUGACAUAAUUGGGGAAGUAUUGAUUAGUGGAGAUCCAAUAGUACAUGAGAUAGGUAUCAAUCAAGCUGAAACUUAUGUGCACAUUAACCCGGUGUCUCCUGAUCAAAAUCAAUCAUCAUCCAACUGGAAUACAGUUAAUGUACAUAAUAAUAGUAUUGAUACUGAUAUGAUUCUUCCUGAAAAUGUUCCUUUAAAACAAAAUAUUGCAAAAAAAAAAAAAGCUUCACGUACAUACACUGAUGCUUUUGAAAGUGGACCGAGUUAUGAAGAAAUGAUUAAGCAACAGAAAAAUUUAGCUAAUGCCACUGUGAAUCAAGCUGUGCAAAUGGAACGUAUAGCAUUAGCUUUGGAAGAAAGAAAUGUAAUAGAACGGGAAAGAAAUGGAAUAGAACGUGAAAGAAAUAUUAUUUUAGAGCAGAAAUACUCUAAAAAAUAUCAGCAAACCCACAGUCCCUUAAAUAUAGAUUAUGAAGAUGUCAGUGUGAUUGGCAUUAACGAUUUAGAGUAG